AUGCGUCCUGCAGCGAUACAUAUCUGUAAUGGCUCUUUUGGUGAAGCUGAGUAUCUCAGUGCAGCUCUGGAACAAAUGGGUGUACUGGAGAAGCUUAGCGGCUAUGAUGAAGUUUUCGUUGCUCGAACUGAUCCUCGGGAUUGUGUAGAAAGACCUGUAUACAUAUGCUCUACAAGAUUGGAAGAUAUACAGGAAGCCAGAAAGCAACAAAAUCCUUCAUGGACUACGGCUCGUUGGAUUUCACCGGCACAGUUCAGUUUUCAGUGGCUGUGCAAUCCGGAUCGAUUCUUCCUUGCCCUCCGCCCAUUGGACAACGAGAUAUGGUCGUUUGGGUCGGCCUUCGGUGAAAAUGCUUUCCUGAGUAAGAAAUCACUCGGACUGCGUCUGGCGUCCUAUCGUGGUUGGAAAGAAGGCUGGCUUGCAAUAAACGCGGCUCUUAUUGCUGUCAAAAAUCCUGCCGGUAAAGAAGUGUUCGGUUGUGUCUCAUUCCCUUACGGUGUCGGCAAGACACAGAUCGCGACUAUGACACCGUCCAUCCAAGGCUGGCAGGUUCGCGUCUUUGGAGACGACAUUGCGUGGAUUCGAUGCGGUGAGAAUCGGGUGAUGUAUGCUUUCGCACCCGAGUACGGAAUGUUUGGCUGUCCCACGGGUGCGACCCAUGCAAACGCACCCAACGUGUUCGAGAUGCUCAAGAGGGAGGCGAUUCUGAUGAAUUGUGGUACAACAAGUAAGGGUCGAUUUUUUUGGGAAGCCCUGAAGGAAACUUUGGAGCCAGAGGAAAAAGUCAGCGACUGGAAAAAAGAGGAAUGGAAAUCUGAUGAGAAAAGGCCACCGAAUCAUUUGAAUUGUCGCUAUAGUGUAUUUAUGAGUUCUGCACCGAACUUGCACCCAGAUUGGGAGCUUUCAGCAGGAGUACCGAUUAGCUUUUUGGUCUUCGGUUGUAAGCGACCUGAUGAAAUGCCUCUCAUCUAUGAAACGGAGUCGUGGGAACAUGGUGUUGUGAUGGCCGCAGGACUCCGAACCGUUUCACUUAGCGCUAUUGACCAGCCAAGCUCAUGCCAUCUUUUUCAGAUGCCAAGGAUAUUUAUGGUGAAUUGGUAUCAAGAAGGACCAGAUGGGAAACCGAUUUGGCCAGGAUUCAGGGAGAAUAUACGAGUACUAGAAUGGAUCUUGAAUAGGUACACCCACAAGAAUUCAAAGAUGGAGCUCGUACCAGAAAGUACAUCUCCUAGAUGUAUUGCACCAAAUGAAACGCCUACAACGAAUGCAGCUAUUGGAGUGUUGCCUAAGAAGUUAAAUACAGAGGUAAGUUAA